UACACUUGUAGUAAACAAUGAUCCAUCUUGGCCUGGGUCCCGUCUCCACAGCAAUCGAUAUCUAAGGUCCCAGGUUCAUAGAUGAUGAAGAGAACCGCGCGUCCGGCCACCAGACGGGCUGAGAUCCAACGCCUCUACCAAUGCUACACCGCAGACCAGCUUACCCUGGCUGCCAGCUCCCUCCUCCGCUUCCUCCACAGGGAGCAGAUGGAGCUCACAGCCAAUCAGGAGACGGUGGAGCGUUUGAUUGACAGAUAUGAGAUUGACAAUACAGCGAGGACCGACCGGGCCAUGACCUUCGAGGGAUUCCACCGCUACAUGGAGUCCAAGGACUGCAGUGUGCUGGACCAGAGCCACACGGUGGUCUACCAGGACAUGGACCAGCCCCUCUGCCACUACUUCAUCUCCACCUCACACAAUACCUACCUCACCGGGGACCAGCUCGUGGGCAAGAGCCACCUGGACGCCUAUGUUAGCGCCUUAAGGAAGGGCUGCCGCUGUCUGGAGAUCGACUGCUGGGACGGUCCCAACACGGAGCCCGUCGUGUACCACGGUUACACCCUCACCACCAAGAUCCUCUUCAGGGACGUCGUGAGCACUGUGGAGCAACAUGCCUUCGAGGUGUCUCCCUACCCUGUGAUCCUCUCGCUGGAGAACCACUGUUGCCAGGAGCAGCAGGUAGUCAUGGCCCAGUACCUCAUCUCCAUUCUGGGGGAGAAACUACUUAAAACCCCCCUGGAUCUCCCCACCUCUGGAGAACUGCCAAGUCCAAAUGACCUGAAGUACAAGGUUCUCAUUAAGAACAAAAAGAUCAGAGCUCCGAACGAGGCAGAGGAGGAGGCAGCGAGCAGGGAGGUAGACGAGAGCGAGGAAGAAGAGGAGGGAGAGGACGGCGAGGAAGACGAGGGAUCUGCAGAGCCAUCAAAGUUCUGGUCUCUGAGAAAACAAAAGAAGAAAGUGAAGAAGGUGAUGGUGGCAGAGGCUCUGUCUGACCUGGUCAUCUACACCCAGUCGGUGAAGUUCACCAGCUUCAGCCACGCCAGGCUCCACCAGACACCCCACCAGAACACCUCUAUGGGGGAGAAGAAGGCACGCAAGCUGGCCAGAGCCUCAGGUCCAGACUUCGUCCUCCACAACCAGAGGUGUCUCAGCAGGAUCUACCCGGCAGGCGCCCGGACCUCCUCCUCCAACUAUAACCCCCAGGAGUUCUGGAGCAUUGGCUCCCAGCUAGUGGCGCUCAACUUCCAGUCCCUGGGUCUGCCCAUGCACCUGAACGGGGGUCGUUUCCAGGACAACGGUCGCUGCGGUUACGUCCUGAAGCCUGCGGCACUGCGGCGGUCAGGGCAGGGGAACUCCGCCUCCUCCCUGCAGGGCCCCAGACCCACACAGCUACUGCUGAAGGUCAUCAGUGGCUCCCACCUGCCCGUUCCCAGGAGUGGGAAGACCUUGGACUCUUUCGUCAGAGUGGAGGUCCAUGGUGUGCAUUCUGCGUGCAGAAAGAACACGGACACGGUGAAGAACUCUCUGAGUCCUUGCUGGGACGCCUCCAUGAACUUCAGCGUCAGCGACCCUGAGCUGAGCCUGCUGCGCUUCUCUGUGCGGGACCAAACGGGCCUGCUGUCCAGCGAGCUGGUGGGCCAGUACAGCCUGGCCUUCAGCAGCAUGAAGAGAGGGUACCGCUGGCUGCCUCUGCUGUCCAGGGAGGGGUUCAGCAUGGACCCAGCCUCCCUCUUCGUCUUUGUGUGGUGCUCCUAA